CACCUGGUCCGCAGAGUCCCCCGAGGGGACCUGGAGGCUCCGCUCGGGCCGGGCGCGCACCGCGGGGACUCGGAGCGAGCGCGGGCCAGGGAGGAGGAGCGAAGGUGUAGGACAGAACUUCGCCAGGAACAGGAAACCUACGGCGGCGGGGCAGGGGCGGCGACGGCGGCGCGGGGGCCAUCGCGGUGUCCCCAGGAGUGGCCUCGCUGCCGCGCGCCGUGGCUGAGCCGUUCGGACUCCUCGGACCCCCAGGGGUCCAGAUCUCACCCUUGCGCGCCGCGGAGACAGCGGGGACGACCCCAGGAGCUUGAAGCAGCAUGUCUGACAAAAUGUCCAGCUUCCUCUACAUUGGGGACAUCGUGUCCCUGUACGCGGAGGGCUCAGUCAACGGCUUCAUCAGCACCCUGGGGUUGGUGGAUGACCGCUGUGUGGUACACCCAGAGGCCGGGGACCUUGCCAACCCCCCCAAGAAGUUCAGAGACUGCCUUUUCAAGGUGUGCCCCAUGAAUCGAUACUCUGCCCAGAAGCAAUACUGGAAAGCCAAACAGGCAAAACAAGGGAACCACACGGAGGCUGCCCUGCUGAAGAAACUCCAGCACGCCGCUGAGCUGGAGCAGAAGCAGAAUGAAUCAGAGAACAGGAAGCUUUUGGGAGAAAUCGUGAAAUACAGCAACGUUAUACAACUGCUGCAUAUAAAAAGCAACAAGUACCUGACUGUCAACAAGAGGCUACCCGCUUUACUGGAGAAGAACGCCAUGCGUGUAUCGUUGGACGCUGCCGGGAACGAAGGGUCCUGGUUCUACAUCCAUCCCUUCUGGAAGCUGAGAAGCGAGGGGGAUAAUAUCGUCGUAGGCGACAAAGUUGUUCUGAUGCCGGUGAACGCUGGGCAGCCCCUGCAUGCCAGCAACGUGGAACUCCUGGACAACCCAGGCUGCAAAGAGGUGAACGCUGUCAAUUGUAACACUAGCUGGAAAAUCACCUUAUUCAUGAAAUUCAGUUCCUAUCGAGAGGACGUAUUGAAAGGGGGUGAUGUCGUGAGACUGUUUCAUGCCGAACAGGAGAAGUUUCUGACCUGCGAUGACUAUGAGAAAAAGCAACACAUUUUCCUUCGGACGACCUUGCGUCAGUCAGCAACUUCAGCCACUAGUUCUAAAGCACUCUGGGAAAUAGAGGUGGUUCACCAUGACCCAUGCCGGGGCGGUGCAGGGCAGUGGAACAGCCUGUUCAGAUUCAAACAUCUUGCAACUGGGAACUACUUAGCUGCCGAGCUUAAUCCUGACUAUCGAGACGUUCAAAAUGAGGGAAAGACUGUGAGAGACGGAGAGCUCCCAGCCUCAAAGAAGAAGCGCCAGACAGGGGAGAAGAUCAUGUACACGCUAGUCUCCGUACCACACGGAAACGACAUCGCCUCCCUUUUCGAACUCGACGCCACAACUCUUCAGAGAGCCGACUGCCUGGUUCCCAGGAACUCCUAUGUGCGGCUAAGGCAUUUGUGCACCAAUACUUGGGUGACGAGCACCAGCAUCCCCAUAGACACGGAGGAAGAGAGGCCCGUCAUGCUGAAAAUUGGAACCUGCCAGACUAAGGAAGACAAAGAAGCCUUUGCCAUUGUGUGCGUCCCACUCUCUGAGGUGCGAGACUUAGACUUCGCCAAUGAUGCCAACAAAGUUCUGGCAACCACGGUGAAAAAACUGGAGAAUGGCAGCAUCACUCAGAAUGAGAGGAGGUUUGUGACUAAACUGUUGGAAGACCUCAUCUUCUUUGUGGCUGAUGUGACUAACAAUGGACAGGAUGUUCUGGAUGUGGUCAUCACCAAGCCAAACCGGGAACGGCAGAAACUAAUGAGGGAACAAAACAUCCUGGCACAGGUGUUUGGGAUCCUUAAAGCGCCCUUCAAGGAGAAGGCGGGAGAAGGCUCGAUGCUGAGGCUGGAGGACCUGGGCGACCAGCGCUACGCCCCCUACAAGUACGUGCUGCGCCUCUGCUACCGCGUCCUGAGGCACUCGCAGCAGGACUACAGGAAGAACCAGGAGUACAUCGCUAAGAACUUCUGCGUUAUGCAGUCCCAGAUCGGCUAUGACAUUUUGGCAGAAGAUACGAUCACGGCCUUGUUACACAACAACCGCAAACUACUGGAGAAGCACAUCACGGCUAAAGAGAUCGAGACCUUCGUCAACCUGCUCAGGAGGAACCGGGAGCCCAGGUUUCUGGACUACUUGUCUGAUCUCUGUGUGUCCAACAGCACUGCCAUUCCUGUCACUCAGGAGCUCAUCUGCAAGUUCAUGCUGAGUCCUGGCAACGCCGACAUCCUCAUUCAGACCAAGCUGGUGUCCAUGCAAGUGGAAAACCCCAUGGAGAGCCCCAUCCUUCCUGACGACAUUGACGAUGAGGAGGUGUGGCUCUACUGGAUUGACAGCCACAAGGAGCCCCACGGCAAGGCCAUCAGACACCUCGCCCAGGAAGCCAAGGAAGGCACCAAGGCUGACCUGGAGGUUCUGACCUAUUACAGGUACCAGCUGAACCUCUUCGCAAGGAUGUGCUUGGACCGCCAGUAUCUGGCCAUCAACCAGAUUUCAGCACAGCUGUCCGUGGACCUGAUCCUUCGCUGUGUGUCUGAUGAGAGCCUGCCCUUUGACCUCCGAGCGUCUUUCUGUCGACUCAUGCUCCACAUGCACGUUGACCGGGACCCCCAGGAGUCCGUGGUGCCCGUUCGCUAUGCCCGGCUCUGGACCGAAAUCCCCACAAAGAUCACCAUUCACGAGUAUGACUCCACCACGGACUCUUCCAGAAAUGACAUGAAGAGGAAAUUUGCUCUCACAAUGGAAUUUGUUGAAGAAUAUUUGAAAGAAGUUGUAAACCAGCCAUUUCCUUUUGGAGACAAAGAGAAAAAUAAGCUGACAUUUGAGGUGGUCCACCUGGCUCGGAACCUGAUAUACUUUGGAUUCUACAGCUUCAGUGAGUUGCUGCGGCUGACAAGGACCCUGCUGGCUAUCCUAGACAUCGUCCAGGCCCCCAUGUCUUCGUAUUUUGAACGAUUAAGCAAAUUCCAAGAUGGAAGCAACAAUGUCUUGAGGACCAUCCACGGGGUAGGAGAGAUGAUGACACAAAUGGUGCUUAGCAGAGGCUCCAUCUUCCCGGUGAGUGUGCCCGAUGCACAGCCCAGCGCCCACCUCAGCAAGCAGGCAAGCCCCGGGGAGCAGGAGGACGUGACGGUGAUGGACACCAAGCUGAAGGUCAUCGAGAUUCUGCAGUUCAUCCUGAGUGUCAGGCUGGAUUACCGGAUCUCAUACAUGCUGUCCAUAUACAAGAAGGAAUUUGGGGAGAGCAAUGACAACGGUGAAGCCUCUGCCAGUGGAUCCCCGGACACGCUGCUGCCGUCAGCUAUUGUUCCUGACAUUGACGAGAUUGCAGCCCGGGCAGAAACGAUGUUUGCUGGAAGAAAGGAAAAGACCCCAGUGCAGCUGGAUGAUGAGGGAGGCAGGACGUUCUUACGGGUCCUCAUCCACCUGAUCAUGCACGACUACCCUCCGCUGCUGUCCGGAGCCCUGCAGCUGUUAUUCAAGCACUUCAGCCAGAGAGCGGAAGUUCUGCAGGCCUUUAAACAGGUGCAGUUACUGGUGUCGAACCAAGAUGUCGAUAACUACAAGCAGAUUAAAGCGGAUCUCGACCAACUCCGGCUGACGGUGGAAAAAUCUGAGUUGUGGGUCGAGAAGAGCGGCAGCUACGAGAAUGGAGAGAUUGGAGAAGGUCAGGCCAAAGGAGGAGAAGAGACAAAUGAGGAAUCCAACCUCUUGAGUCCGGUGCAAGAUGGCACAAAGACACCACAGAUCGACAGCAACAAGGGCAACAACUACCGGAUCGUCAAGGAGAUCCUGAUCAGGCUGAGCAAGCUGUGUGUGCAGAACAAGAAGUGUCGUAACCAACACCAGCGGCUGCUGAAGAACAUGGGGGCGCACUCCGUGGUGCUGGACCUUCUGCAGAUCCCCUUCGAAAAGAACGAUGAGAAGAUGAACGAGGUGAUGGAAUUAGCCCACACCUUCCUGCAGAACUUCUGCCGGGGGAACCCACAGAAUCAAGUCCUCCUUCACAAGCAUCUCAAUCUGUUUCUGACUCCUGGACUCCUGGAAGCAGAGACCAUGCGGCACAUCUUCAUGAACAACUACCACCUGUGCAACGAGAUCAGCGAGAGGGUCGUCCAGCACUUUGUGCACUGUAUCGAGACCCACGGCCGCCAUGUGGAGUACCUCAGGUUCCUGCAGACCAUCGUCAAAGCCGACGGCAAAUACGUGAAGAAAUGCCAGGACAUGGUGAUGACGGAGCUGAUUAACGGGGGUGAAGAUGUACUGAUAUUUUACAACGACAGAGCGUCAUUUCCCAUCCUUCUCAACAUGAUGUGCUCUGAGAGAGCCCGCGGGGAUGAGAGCGGCCCCCUGGCCUACCACAUCACCCUCGUGGAGUUGCUGGCUGCCUGUACGGAGGGGAAGAAUGUCUAUACCGAGAUCAAGUGCAAUUCUCUCUUGCCCCUGGACGACAUCGUGAGGGUGGUGACCCACGACGACUGUAUCCCCGAGGUCAAGAUUGCGUACGUGAACUUCGUCAAUCACUGCUAUGUUGACACGGAAGUGGAGAUGAAAGAGAUCUACACAAGUAACCACAUCUGGAAGUUAUUUGAGAACUUCCUGGUGGAUAUGGCGAGGGUCUGUAACACCACCACAGACAGGAAGCACGCAGACGUCUUCCUGGAGAGAUGUGUGACGGAGUCAGUCAUGAACAUCGUGAGCGGCUUCUUCAACUCACCUUUUUCAGACAAUAGUGCCAGCCUCCAGACUCACCAGCCAGUCUUCAUCCAGCUGCUGCAAUCUGCCUUCAGAAUCUACAACUGCACCUGGCCCAACCCAGCCCAGAAGGCCUCGGUGGAGUCCUGCAUCAGGGCACUGGCUGAAGUGGCCAAAAAUCGUGGGAUUGCAAUCCCAGUGGAUCUGGAUGGCCAGGUUAACACACUCUUCAUGAAGAACCAUUCAAGUACAGUGCAGAGGGCGGCCAUGGGCUGGAGGCUCUCAGCUCGCUCUGGGCCCCGCUUCAAGGAAGCUCUCGGAGGGCCAGCCUGGGAUUACAGAAACAUUAUCGAGAAGUUACAGGAUGUCGUGGCCUCCCUGGAGCAGCAGUUCAGGCCCAUGGUGCAGGCUGAGUUCUCCGUGCUCGUUGACGUGCUCUACAGUCCAGAGCUGCUGUUCCCAGAGGGAAGCGACGCCAGGAUAAGAUGUGGCGCCUUCAUGUCAAAGCUGAUCAAUCACACCAAGAAACUGAUGGAGAAAGAAGAAAAGCUGUGCAUUAAAAUCCUCCAAACGUUACGGGAGAUGCUGGAGAAGGAGGAGAACCUCGUGGAAGAGGGUAGCAUACUCCGGAAAAUCCUCUUGAACCGCUACUUCAAAGGUGACCAUGGCGUUGGUGCCAACGGACCCCUGUCCGGGGCCUAUGCCAAGACAGCACAAGUGGGAGGAGGCUUCUCUGGACAGGACUCGGAUAAGAUGGGGACUUCGAUGUCAGAUAUCCAGUGUCUGCUGGACAAAGAAGGAGCAUCGGAGCUUGUCAUUGAUGUCAUCGUGAACACCAAAAACGACAGGAUUUUUUCCGAGGGCAUCUUGCUUGGCAUCGCCCUGCUGGAAGGAGGGAACACCCAGACCCAGUACUCCUUCUACCAGCAGUUGCAUGAACAAAAAAAGUCAGAAAAAUUCUUCAAAGUCCUUUACGAUCGGAUGAAGGCCGCCCAGAAAGAGAUCAGAUCCACGGUGACUGUCAACACCAUAGACUUAGGGAGCAAGAAGAGAGACAAUGACAAUGAGCUCGUAGCCUCGGGCCCUCGGAUGAGAGUGAGAGAUCCGUCACUUCAUCUGAAAGAGGGAAUGAAGGGGCAGCUAACAGAGGCAUCUUCAGCCACCUCCAAAGCGUACUGUGUGUACAGACGAGAAAUGGACCCAGAAAUAGACAUGAUGUGCUCAGGACCGGAAGCAGGAAGUGCAGAGGAAAAGUCUGCGGAGGAAGUUACCAUGAGCCCGGCCAUCACCAUCAUGCAGCCCAUCCUCAGGUUCCUGCAGUUGCUGUGUGAGAACCACAACCGGGAGCUGCAGAACUUCCUGAGGAACCAGAACAACAAAACAAACUACAACCUCGUGUGUGAGACGCUGCAGUUCCUGGACUGCAUCUGUGGAAGCACCACCGGGGGCCUGGGCCUGCUGGGGCUCUACAUCAACGAGAAGAACGUGGCUUUGGUCAACCAGACCCUGGAGAGCCUGACUGAGUACUGCCAGGGCCCAUGCCAUGAGAACCAGACCUGUAUCGCCACUCACGAAUCAAACGGCAUCGACAUUAUCAUCGCCUUGAUUCUGAAUGACAUCAACCCUCUUGGCAAAUACAGAAUGGAUCUGGUGCUGCAACUGAAGAAUAAUGCCUCUAAGCUUUUGCUGGCCAUUAUGGAGAGCAGACACGACAGUGAGAACGCAGAGCGAAUUCUCUUCAACAUGAGACCCAGGGAACUGGUGGAUGUGAUGAAGAACGCCUAUAACCAAGGACUGGAAUGCGACCAUGGGGACGAGGAAGGAGGGGAUGACGGCGUUUCUCCGAAGGACGUUGGACACAACAUCUACAUUCUGGCCCACCAGUUGGCCCGCCACAAUAAGCUGCUACAGCAGAUGCUGAAACCGGGAUCUGACCCUGAAGAAGGAGAUGAAGCCUUGAAGUAUUACGCCAAUCACACCGCGCAGAUUGAGAUCGUGCGGCACGACAGGACCAUGGAGCAGAUCGUCUUCCCUGUCCCCAAUAUCUGCGAGUUCCUCACUCGGGAAUCCAAGUCCCGAGUAUUCAACACAACGGAGAGAGAUGAGCAGGGGAGCAAGGUGAACGACUUCUUCCAGCAAGCGGAGGACCUCUACAACGAGAUGAGGUGGCAGAGGAAGAUCAGAAACAACCCCGCCCUGUUCUGGUUCUCCAGGCACAUCUCCCUCUGGGGGAGCAUCUCCUUCAACCUGGCCGUGUUCAUCAACCUGGCGGUGGCUCUCUUCUACCCAUUCGGGGAUGACGGCGAUGAAGGUACGCUUUCCCCGUUGUUCUCGGCCCUCCUCUGGGUAGCAGUGGCGGUCUGCACAUCUAUGCUGUUUUUCUUCUCCAAGCCUGUGGGUAUCCGGCCAUUUCUUGUGUCUAUCAUGCUCAGGUCAAUAUACACCAUCGGUCUGGGCCCAACGCUAAUACUUCUUGGUGCUGCUAAUCUAUGUAAUAAAAUCGUGUUCCUGGUAAGCUUUGUGGGAAAUCGAGGCACAUUCACCCGAGGCUAUCGCGCGGUCAUCCUGGACAUGGCCUUUCUCUACCAUGUGGCGUAUGUCCUGGUUUGCAUGCUCGGUCUCUUCGUCCACGAGUUCUUCUACAGCUUCCUGCUCUUUGACUUGGUGUACAGAGAAGAGACCCUGCUGAACGUCAUCAAAAGCGUCACCCGCAACGGCCGCUCCAUCAUCCUGACGGCGGUCCUGGCUCUCAUCCUGGUCUACCUGUUCUCCAUCAUCGGCUUCCUCUUCCUGAAGGAUGACUUCACCAUGGAAGUGGACAGACUGAAGAUCAGAGCACCAGUCCCAGGUAAUCACGGAGCUCCUACCAUGACCUUACCUUCCAUGAUGGGGACCUGUCAGAAGGAGAGCUGCUCACACACGAUCCCCUCUCCUGACACAGCUGAUGAAGGGAGCGAGGAGGGAAUCGAAAGGACGUGUGACACCCUGCUCAUGUGCAUUGUCACCGUGCUGAACCAGGGCCUCAGGAACGGCGGCGGAGUGGGGGACGUGCUGAGACGGCCAUCGAAAGACGAGCCCCUGUUUGCCGCCCGCGUGGUCUACGACCUCCUCUUCUUCUUCAUCGUCAUCAUCAUCGUUCUUAACCUGAUCUUUGGUGUGAUCAUCGACACCUUUGCUGACCUCAGGAGUGAGAAGCAGAAGAAAGAAGAGAUCCUCAAGACGACCUGCUUCAUCUGCGGCCUGGAAAGGGACAAGUUUGACAACAAGACAGUCUCCUUUGAGGAACACAUCAAAUCAGAGCACAACAUGUGGCAUUACUUGUAUUUCAUCGUCCUGGUGAAGGUGAAGGACCCGACGGAGUACACAGGACCCGAGAGCUACGUAGCUCAGAUGAUCACCGAGAGGAAUUUGGACUGGUUUCCUCGGAUGCGGGCCAUGUCGCUUGUCAGCAACGAAGGUGACAGCGAGCAAAACGAGAUCCGGAACCUGCAGGAGAAGCUGGAGUCCACCAUGGGUCUGGUGAGGCAGCUCUCUGGGCAGCUGGCGGAGCUGAAGGAGCAGAUGACAGAGCAGAGGAAAAACAAGCAGAGGCUUGGCUUCCUCGGAUCAAACACACCCCAUGUGAACCAUCACAUGCCACCACACUGACACCAUGGGGGCACGCCGUGACCAGCCUUUCAUCAGAUGCCCGACUCGCCGCUGAGGGAGGGGUGGAGAUGGAGGGGCAAACAGUGGCUAUUGUUGAGAAGCUGCUGAGCCAUUGAGCUCCCAGAACAAUCUAACUGUGUUUUCACGCUUGAGAAGACUCGAGCUAAAAUAAAUAAAUAAACCAGCACAGGGCACAGACUCUCUGUGCAGCAGGAAACAACCAGCCCCCCCCCACCCCCGCUCAAUCGCCGACUGCAGCCUGGUUGGAUUUUUAUGUCUUCAAAUCGUGACACACAGGUCAGAGAGACAUGAAGCCACGUGUUGGUGGCCAAUUCUGACUAAGAAAAAAAAUAUAAAAGAUUUUUAAAAAAGAAGAGACCUGUAAAAGAAAUCUCAUUAAGCUUCGGAACCUUGCGUGUAACCGGACAGUUUCUUCCUGACAUGAGACGUGACGGGCUCAGAGCUCUGCACACUUGGUGCUUUGGAGUUCACACCCCACACACUGAAGACAUAACUGGAGCAGGGUCGCUUCCUCCUGGACGCUGUGCAGGGCCGCACCAAAGGGAGGCUUUGUGGAACUGUGAAUGCUAAGACCACGAAAGGGAAAGGCCAGGAAACAGCGUUGAGCACGUGUGCUCUUAAAAUACACUGGUAUUAAUAAAGGAAACGCUCAAAGGUGACAGAACGCUGAGAAACUUCCUCUGGUGGCUUUGCCUUUUAUAAGCAUGGAGUAAAAGCAAGUUAAUUUGUGUAUCUGUGGUGCUUGAGGAUGACCUGAGAGUUUGCUAUCCCUGCAUCUGAGGGAGGGUAAAUCUAAGAAAUAUAUUGAAUAUACAAGGCUAUGCAGGCUCCCAAUGGCUGUUGAAGUAGCAGCUUUUCAAAGUGUAGGCGGGAUCAUGGUCCCCUCCCCCAAACUGUUUCCGUGUUGAAUUCUGUGACGGGAAUUUACCUAGGGAGAGAAUAGCCUGGAUGGACAUAUUAUUUUGGGAGACUGUUUGAGGCAUUAGGGGAAGAGAGUGAAGAAGAUGGCUGUGUGGUUAAGGCCACCAGCUACGACACUACAUUCUGGGUCAGGCCUUUCCUCAGGGCCUCUAGAUUCUUUAAACUCUCAGCCACCAAGGGCCACAUUUGUUACAACAACGGUUAAAGCUUUAGGGUGUUUCAAGACAGCUUUAGCUGUUGCCUCCUAAUAAAUAACAUCCUGGAUCUCUGUGGACCUACUGUGCAGGCGGGAAGCCUGAGUGGAUCUAUUGCAUAGGUCUAGGCUUGGGACCCAAUGAGAUGCCCUAAGUUUACCGGCACUCAGCCCACACACACUAAGACUAAAAUCAAGACGUGCUCUUGGACAGGACAGGACUUCUCUUAGCCCAAUGUUGGAGGCUGCUGGCGCCGGUGACCCAAGGUGUUGUGGGCUAAUUCAGUGCAGCACUGACCUUUGACCCUUGUCAGGGAUCUGCUGGUGUUACCCUUAAUUCUUUGACAAAACUUUAAACUAUAAUCACCAACGUUUUUCUAACGGCAUCACCAAAAUUAGACUGAGGCAGCCAUUUUUAAAACGCAAGGCCAUCAGUGCUGUGACAGUCUUUGAUAAGGAAGUCCAGUGCACCGGGCAAUCGGCAGGAGGAAAGGGCUGGAUACUGCUGUGUGGUAGGUCUGACCCAGCUCACUGUCCGACACUGCGUUUUCUCCUGUGCGAAAUAUCCAAAGGAGGUUUCACCUAAUAAGACUCUCACUGUGUCAAAUUUUUUUUCUUUCUUCCCCCUCUACAAGAUUAAAGACUAUAAAAUGAAAAAAAAUUUUUUAAAAGCAAAUGAAACAAAAGGCACUUUUCUAGGACAUGGAAUUCAUAAAGAUAUUAAAAAAGAGGAAAUUAGAUGUUUGGUGAGAGUUUACAUUUGCUGUGUGUGUUUGUUAACGUAGCUGGAUUGUUGAGAGUUGGGUAUACACAGUAUUCUCAUAUGUAUAUAGCAAUAUUAAAAAACACAGUCACCUCUGACUUCUUUGCUAGGGAGGGUUUUUUUAAUAUUUAGGUUAUUAAAAAUCCAUAUUGAUUAAAAGUCGCAGCUCCCACUGAAUAAUAUUUUUAAUUUACAGAUGGGUUUACUCCCCUGUGUGUCCCAUUCUGAGGCUAAAGGGUUUAAUGAGAGAUGUUUUCUAAAUUAAAACAAUCGUUUGGGAGUUGAGCUCUUGCAUUGUCUAGAGAUAAUAUUGACCAGUCCUGUGCAUGCAAGGAUGGCAUUUUCUACCCCUUAGAAAGUUAAGUUACAAAGGGGCUUAUUUUCCUCCACCUGCCACUUUCUUUUUCCCUGUGGAUAAAGAUGGCAAUUUUUGGUAGGCUGUUGAUGAUUUCAGGAAGCUAAUUCACUUGAAUCAGUGCUGAUACUGUGUGGCGCCCCGUAUCUCCAGCUCAGGCUUCUGGCUGUCAUUUAAUUACAAACUGUAAAUGUGGUGUGACCCUGAGACUGCAGGUGAGCAGGCCUCGGAGUUGGCGAAGACUAAAGAGGGGAUCUCACCUCCCAGGAUGCGGGCUGACCUUGGGAAAGCAGCAGCAGCAGGGGCUCAUCUCCAGGGACCCAGUAGCUUGAGUAGGUAAAUAGCGCUUAGGACUGACGAUGCAACUCAGAACGCUUAAACAUGCAGACGGCCACGCUGUGCGGGACACUAACCGGAAGAUGGCACGUUGACUGACAGCCGCUUUUAAAGGUUCUAUCCCGGAGACCCCUUCCAAAAAACUAGUGUCAGAUGCAAUGCAGUCAGCCCUGGAGGGAGCCGGCGUCCUCGACCCAGACACAGACGGCUGUGGGAGCCAGGUGAAGAGCUGGCGAAGCCAGGCGCGCGUCAAUGCGGCUUCUGCCUUGAGCUGGGGUGGGGAGGCUGUGUAAGCCAGGCUACACUGUCUGUUUUUGAAAUUUGACAGCCAAUUUCAGAUAAUGCUGGAGGCUACCCUAGGCCCUCUGCUCACACCUCUGCCGCUGCCUUUGAAAUAAGAAUUGAUGCGACUCCCCCAUAGAAGACGACACCGUGCUAAAAUCAAACAAAACCGAGUGCGUGCAUGUGGAAACAGAGCUCUGCCAACAGCUCAUACCUCCGUGGAGUGUUCCCACAGGCUUGAGGGGUUUGUGACGUGACUGUGACAAUACUCACAUCACCCAAUGGAUUCUCUUUCCUCUAGCAAGAGAGAAUGCCUAUCUUGUCUUUUAAAGAGCUGAUUUUAAGUUACUGUCAGGGGCUGCAUAACUUAUUUAGUUAAUAUUAAUAAAUUGAAUUUGCAUCUGG